AUGCCAAAGGCUUUCCUGGUGAAAAGGCGCCGGGCAGCCGUGCUGGGGUCCCAGGACUGGGGAGAGCUCUCGGACCAGCUCCGGGGCGACGCCUAUAUCCCAGGUAGGUGCCUAGUUUAUUACCCUAGGCGGAGCAGAGGUGAGUGGGGUCUAGGGAAAGGCCCCUCGGGACCCAGCGACUUCCCCUGCCCCGUGUGCAGCAAGGCCUUCCCCCUGCAGCGCAUGCUGACCCGCCACCUCAAGUGCCACAGCGCGGUGAAGCGGCACGUCUGCCAGUUCUGCGCCAAGGGCUUCAACGACACCUUCGACCUCAAGCGGCACACGCGGACGCACACCGGCAUCCGGCCCUACCGCUGCCACGUCUGCGCCAAGGCCUUCACGCAGCGCUGCUCCCUGGAGUCCCACCUCCGCAAGCUGCACGGGCUGCAGCAGAGCUACGGCUACCGCGAGGCGCGCGCCAAGCCCCUCGUGGGCCUGGAGCUCUUUUCAGGUCCUGAGUUUAGCCCUAUUCUUUGA